ACAGGCUCGAGGCCCAGCUCGCGAGCUCGCGGCCGUGGUCGAGACGCCGAAAAUAUCAACACAUUAAAACUGCGCGUCUUUUUUUUAGAGGGGUUUUAAUUAGUACAUUUCAGCCAAGCAAACCUUUUGAAAAGCUUUACAGCUGCGCCUUUUCUUAUAAACUCAUCAUAUUUCUUUUAGCUGUCACCGACAUGGACGACUUCAUCUCGAAGGUUAAAGACCUCACCGAGGAGCUGGUGCAGAAGCAGACGCCUGGCAGCGCGGAGCGGCUCAUCGACAGGCUGUUCGGCGAAGCGGCUCGUCUGGACGGCGAGCUGGCGGGGGAGGUGCCCCAGCCGCAGGCUGAAGAACAUGCCAUUAAGCUGUGGAACUGGGCUGUUACGAAACAUGUGGGCUCUGCAAUCACUGAGGAGCAAAGAGCAAAAGUACGUCAUGUGGCUUGCAGACUGGCCUACGCGUAUGAAACUAAAGACUUGUCAGAGGGAGCGAUUCGCAGACAAAUCCUGAUGGCCAUUAAAACUGGUAGAACAUGGCUGGACAGCAGAAAGCCCACCCUUGCUGACACAUUCUUCAGUCUGGCUGUCAAAAGUCUGGAGGUUCUGUACAGCAGACUGACAGCCCGGGGUGACGCAAAGUCUGAUCUAAACAUUCCUAAAACAGAUGUGGAGAAGGACCUUUUCCGGGUGCUCUCCUAUCAAGCUGAAUCUGCUGUUGCACAGGGCAGCAACCAGGAGGCAGUCUCCUGUAUGCAGCGUUGCAGGGACAUGCUGCACAGACUACCAAAGGAGAGUGGGUAUCUCUCCCUAAUGUGCUAUAAUUUUGGUGUAGACACCUACAAGCUAAAAAAGUUUGAAGAAAGUUCUUUUUGGCUCAGCCAGAGUUACGACAUAGGAAAGAUGGAUAGAAAAUAUUCCCCAGGGCCUGCAGUCCAGGCCAAAGUUUUGAGGCUCCUGGCUACUGUUUACUUCGAAUGGGAUUGUCAGCUGUACCAAGAAAAAGCUCUCAAUGCAGUGACAUUAGCAAACAAGGAGAAUGUGCAUCCUGCUGGCCUUUAUCUGCAAGUCCGGAUUUUACUGAAGAGUGGCGCCCCUGAUGAGCACCUGAAAGUGGCAGUGACAGAGCUGAUCGAUGCUGAUGUUCCUCUUGAGGUGUGUCUGAAUACGGCAAAACUGUUAAUGGCUGAAGACAGAGAGGCACUGGGUUUUGAUUUCCUGAAGAGGGUAUGUAAGCACCAUGAGGCUUCUCCUGAGGUGGGCAGUGCCCUGGUUUUGCACAUUGAGCUCUUGCUGCAGCGAGGGAAGGAGCUACUGGGGAAGCAGAAGAUAGAGGAUGUGAUCACAGGCCAUUACACUGGAAGACAGCUGUCCCCCCCUACACUUGAUCAUUUUCAGCUCCUGCUAUGGGACAGGGCGUCCAAAAACUUUGAGUCAAGGAACUAUUCUGAGGCUUUGCAGUGGUAUAACUACUCACUGAGUUUCUACUCUGCGGGUCAAAUGGAUUCAAACCUGGCCAAACUGCAGAGGAACCGGGCCUCCUGCUUUCUGCAUCUCCAGCAGCUGGACAAGGCUAAGGAAGCACUAAAAGAAGCAGAGAGGUGUGAACCAGACAGUAUUUUCACACAGUUCAGUGUGUACAAGAUUGCAGUUUUAGAGAGCAAUACAGACAAAGCAAUAGAAGCUGUUAACGCAAUGGGGAAACAGGCUGAAAAUCCGGUUCGGAAUGAAGACGGACUUCUGGUAGCUGAGAAUGCUGCUUCCAACCUGCUUUGCCUGGCAGCACAGAUGGCUCUUGAGAAGGAACAACAAGAUGUAGCUAUGAAAGCCCUUGAAUGUCUGUGUGAGCACCCACGAGACAGUGGACAGAACUUCACGGCUCUCAGGUGUUUAGUUCGUCUGGUGCUUUCUAAAAUGGGAACAACAAGUGAGGGGAAAAGGGAUACUAAUUUGGAUAGAUUGCAGUCUUAUCUGAAGAUGGCGCUGCAGAAAGUGUCUCAGGCCAACCCUGGCUCAAAUCUGAGCUCAGAGAAAACAAGGGAAGCGGCAAACUGGUUCAGAAAAAUAGCUUGGAACGCAGCAUUGCAGUGUGAAAACUAUCCAGACAGGAUGAGGGAUUUCUUUGUGCUUUCAUAUCGGCUUUCCCAGUUCUGCCCUGCAGAUAAAGCUAUUCUCAUCGGACAGAAGACCUGCCUCCUCAUGGCAGCUGCAGCUUGCUUGGAACUAGGAAGAACACCGGAGUCCUCAGAACAGGCAGAGAAGCUAACCCAGGCACUUGAGCACAUAGACAUCUGCUGGGAGGUCUGGAAAACACUGAAAGCUUCAGGGGACUUCUCCAAGGAUCCCACUGACACCCUGCUGCUCCUGUAUGAAUUUGAAGCUCGAGCCAAACUCAGUGACCCCAAUGUGGAGACUGUGUUGGAGUCUGUGCUGCAGCUGCCUCAGAUUGAAGCAAAAACACUAGAAAUCAUUGCAUCCUUAGCAAUGGAGCCUCCUGCUCACUUUCCCUCCCUGUGUAAAAAGGCCUUGAGGAUUGCUCUGUCUCUGCACAAGAAGAGCCCCAGCUUGGAUGUGUCACGCUGCAGCCAGUGUCUCCACAGCCUGAUCCAGCUGUCUCUUCCUACCGGGCUGCUGGAAGUGGAACCGCGGCUGCUGGAGGAGGUGUGGGGGUACUACGAGGAGGCACUCUUCAUCAUCGGCGUUGCUCAGGGGGAAUUUCCUGAAGUGGAGAUCUUGUGGCUUUUGACCAGAGCCUGGAACACGGGGAUUCUGCUGUACAGUCUAGGCCAGUUCCCAGAGGCAGAGAAGUGGUGUGGCCUGGGCAUGAGCUUCCUUCGACACCUGGGCUCCCUGCAGGAAAGCUACCAGACACAGAUGUCGGGUCUUUAUGCAGAAGUGCUGGACAGGCUGGAUAGAGUGAAGAGAAAUGUUAUUGAUGAUGAAUGAGAAAGCAUUUACAUCACAGAAGAAUGUGUCGCCGGUGAUGGUGGUCAGUGCGUCCUUCAGGCGGGUGGAUCUGCUGUUCAGCUGCUCUCCUGUUGUUCCAUCACGCUGGGGGUCUGUCCGCUUUGGGAUUUUCCAGAAUAGCUGUAGGCACCACCCUAGUUUUAAGUUUCCAUGUUAAAACAAGAUGCGUUUGAAUGUGUUAAAUAUAUAAGAAUACUUUAAAUAUCAGAAAAGGAGUGCUUUAAAACAUUGGUGUAAAUCCUCAUAGCUAUUCAAUUUCAAGGUGUUUGUGCUAGUCUCACCACCUCGAAAACAUCUGCUAAUCUUAAAGGAUAAAAUUUUGUAAAAUGCUUGUCUGUUCUACAACGGUGUUGAUAGAGAAAGCCGUGCCUUAUACUGUUAAUAAAACAGGUUUAUCAUUA